AGCGUAUGUGCGUGACAUGAACCACAUUUCGAUUAUAAAACCUAAAUAUACAGCUACGUAUGGAUUCAUAAUAUGCGAUGUCUCCAACGGUCAACUUCUACCUCUUUUGGAUAAUGGCGAAUAUCCGUAACGUUCUGGCAUCUAACCAUAGCUGUUCUUUGGACAAAAUAAUGCCUGAAGAUUACAAGAAAACAGAGGCACCUACUGAGAAUGGCAAAGCUGUCAAUGUUUACAUCUCUUUGAGGGUUUGUGAUAUUUAUGACUUGGACGAGUCUACAAUGGAUUUCCACAUUCAUAUGUAUUUCAAUGAUUACUGGAAAGAUGAGAGAUUAUAUUUGAAAUGUCUUCAGAACGACAACGGAAGACCCAGCAUCCUUCCGUUAGAAAUUCAAAAUAAAAUAUGGACUCCCGACAUCUGUUUCGAAAAUUCUAUCUCUGGAAAACUCUUCUCUAUUACUCUACCCAAUAUAGCAAUGAAGAUAUUACCUGAUGGAUAUAUUUAUCGUUAUGCCAGAUACGAUUUGCGUAUAAGUUGUCCCAUGGAUCUCCAUCUGUAUCCACUAGAUCUGCAAAUUUGCAUCAUCAAGAUCGCUUUAUUCUCCUUUCCUGAUGAUGUGGUGGCUCUUCAUUGGAUGGAAGAUGCAGGAGGAUCCAGUUUUUUUGCGAAAAGUAAAAAAUCGAUCAUCUACGAAACGGAGAUUCUGUUGCCCCAAUUCAAGAUAACUAAGACCACUACAGGAAGAGAAGUCAGUUCAUGGAAUACAGGUAACUACACCACUUUGAAAGCGAUAUUUGUUUUCGAUCGCAUGAUAACCGCUUACUUGAUCAACACCUACAUUCCAAGUACAUUGAUAGUGGCACUAUCUUGGCUCUCAUUUUGGUUGGACGUAGGAGCAGUACCCGCAAGAAUCACCCUGGGAGUGACUUCGCUCUUAACACUAGCAACCCAAAUAGUACAGAGCAAGAAGAACUUGCCUCCAGUUUCAUACAUCAAUGCAAUGGACAUCUGGCUCUUCGUCUGCUUAAAUAUGGUUUUCGCCACUUUAAUGGAGUAUGCAAUCUCGUAUUACAUGGCCAACUAUGCGGAGAUUAAAUUUGAAAACUGGUUUAGUUCUUGGAAGCAGAAAUUAAUGAACGUACGAAAUAUGGAUUUGAACGAAAAGUCUGGUCAAGGUUGGGUGGGAACAGAGAAGACACAUAAAAAGAAAGUCACGCAGUCAAACAUAGAAACUGUUAAAGUUUCUGUAAAACAGAUUCAAGUUUUGGACGGAAUAAGUCGGAAGCUAUUUCCGAUUACAUUUUUUAGCUUUGCCAUUUUUUACUGGAUGUAUUUUGGCCUUAUCUCUGAUGGAACAAUUAAAAAUAAAAUUCACGAGGAAUUGAAGAAUGACACUUAAUUGAUAAAUUCAUUUUAGAUUGAAUGAAAGAAAUGAAGAAUAAAUGCGAUUUAGAAGAUUGAAUUAUACGAGAUUUGAAGCACUAGGGAACAUGACUUUUUUCUCCGUUAAGUUAAUUACCAUUUCUAAUGUAUUUUGGAGUGCAGAAUGUGAAAAUAAUCCUCAGAAUUAUCCAUCACUCAAGAAUUUUUCAUAUUUUUAAAUUUUAAAAAGAAAAUGUAAAUUAUACAAACCUAUUAAAAUAAGGAAAAAUUCUGUUGCCCAUAAAAAAUGGGGAAAUUUUUAUAUUAUUUUAAAAAUAGAGCAAUUAUUGAUGGAUAAUCUAUGCCAAUUUUUUAAGGUUAUUGCAUUGCAUAGGAGUGUUUACGAAAAAUUGCUGCUUUUUGUGGAACAAUCAGGAAACAAACAUUAUGUUGUUAAUAUAUACUUGGAGAAAGAAAUCUGAACUAUGUGUCGCUGAUAGACCCAAGAAGAUUUUUCUCCCUCCUCUUUAUAUUAACUUGUGUUAAUGAAAAACUUCGUGAAAACCUUGGAAAAAAAUGGACGUGAGUUUAUUUACCUUCAAGUUUUCCCAAAUCUGAGAACAGCAAAAUUAUGGAAAGGAAUGUUAGUAGAACCUGAAAUAAGAAAGAUUCUUAAAUAGAAAAUCAUUGUGUCAAAGCUCCAACCUGUCGAAUUAGACAUUUGACAUUUAUUCAAAACAGUAAUGAGUGAAUAUCUCGGAAAUAGAAGAAAAGAAAACUACGAAUUUCUGGUAUCAGUGUCAGAGUUACGGAGGUGUGACAAAGAAAUGGGGGUCGUAUAUCCUCGAAGAUUCAUCUUGUCCACUUUAAUCUCGAAAUAUUUCCGCAGAACUUGAGUGAUUUGAGCGAGGAACAGAAGGAGCGGUCCCAUUGGGAUAUUUCUCAAAUGGAAGGACGUUAGCAUGCAUGAAGGGAUCCAGCCAUUCUGGAGAUAAUUGCUGGAUUCUCAAACAAGAAAGUAACAGUGAAUAUAAAAGAGUCGUUUAAAGGGAGGCAUUUUUGACAUCUCAAAUACGCGUAUGUACAGUACAAGUAGUAUACCUACUAAUAGUCUAAAUUAGUAUCAAGCAAACAAAUAAUUUAACAUGACAUUAUUGUACUCUUCGCAAAAAAAAAAAAAAAAAAAAAAA